CCUUUUCUUUCUCUCUCUAAAAAAAAUACAAAAGCUCUAAUGGCCGCCAUGGAAGCUCUCAAAUCGCCGAUUCACAUACAAGAAUCCGCGGUCGCCGUCGCUGAUUCACAUUCAAUGGAGCUAUUGACGAAGAAGAAGCGAUCAAAGCGUACACGAAGCGAAACGCCUUUCAUGUCCGAAGAAGAGUAUACUGCUUUCACUCUCAUCAUGCUCUCUCGCGAUAAUCGCGUUCCUUUUACUCCUCCUGUUUUAACCGUCGGAUCUGCGGCCGGAAACCUAAGAUCGGGUAUUGUCUCUUACAAGUGUAGCGUAUGCGAUAAAUCAUUCAGUUCUUAUCAAGCCCUAGGUGGACAUAAAGCGAGUCAUAGGAAACCAGCUCCAAUUCCAGAUCUGAAAACAGAACAACAACAACCUUCGAUUCCAGUAACUGAUUCCGUUGGUAAUUACGUUAAUCCGUUGAAUCCUAGCGGCCGGCCACAUGAAUGUUCUGUUUGUCAUAAAGUGUUUACUACAGGUCAAGCGUUAGGCGGCCAUAAGCGUAGACAUUACGAAGGCGUAAUUAAUAAUAGUAGUGGUAGUGCGGCGAAGAGCGGUUUAACGACGUCGUCGUCUUCUGAUGGUUUGAAAUCGAGUCGAAUCGUACGGCAUAAUUUUGAUUUGAAUUUGCCUGCUUUGCCGGAUAUUGGGUUGGAGCUUACUCUGGUUUCUAAUGGAAAAAGAAUAAUCGGCGGCGGCGUUGGCGGUGGCGUUGGCGUUGGCGGCGGCGAUCAAGAAGUUGAAAGUCCUUUGCCUUCUUCUAAGAAACUGCGUUUAUCGUUGAUCUGAAUUUUCUUGGUUCAUUCUUUUGUUUUAGGAUUAUCAAAAAUUUAUUGAUUCUUUUUUUUUUAAUUCAUUGUUAUCUGAUAUUUUGAUUGUAUUAUUGCCCAAUUGUUUCUC